AACGCGCUGUACUGGCGCUGGCUCAAUGUGCCCGACCACGUAGCGCCGCUACCGUACGGCGCAUCGAUCGAUUUCAAGUUUUCGGACUUUGGGACGUCGGCGAUGGCCCGUCUCGGCGCGUCCGUCGACGCCACGUGUACGUCCUCCGUGGCUUAA